AAGUUAUACCGAAAGUAAAGUGGAUGAGGAAAUAAGGAAACGCACCAUCACCGUCCUCUGCAGCAGCCGCGCACGUCUCAAGUUUUCUAAAUCAGUUCUAAAUUUAUUUAUUAAAUUCGUAUUGAACGGGUGAAGUUUGCUUCAUCAUGUCAAAGGCAGCAACACUGAAGAUCAGCAAGGCGAGCGCGGUUAAGGUGGAAACCUUUCGCAAGUCUCUCUAUCAUGAGGCGGAGAAUCUGUUCUCCAAUCUGAUCCCUGUGAAGAUCAUCCAGCUGGACGCCCUGCUCAAGGAUGAUGCUCUCAGCAUCACAGACAUGUCCUCCCUGCAGGCCCCCCUGGACAUCCCCAUCCCUGACCCCCCUUCACCGGAGGAUGAGGAAAUGGAGACAGACAAGAGUGAAGAAGAUGAGAAGAAGAAGAAAGCUCCGAAGUGCGGCUUCAUCAAGGGAAACGAGAAGAUCAUGACGGUCCUGGAGCGGGUGAAGCCGGAGAUCGUGGCCCUCAGGGAGACCAUCGUCGUCGUGUCCUGCUGGAUUCAGCACCUCAUCCCAAAAAUAGAGGAUGGAAACGACUUUGGAGUUGCCAUCCAGGAGAAAAUCCUGGAGAGAAUAGCAGCGGUAAAGACCAAAGUGGAUGGCUUUCAGACAAACAUUAACAAGUACUUCUCAGAGAGGGGGGACGCCGUCGCUAAAGCCUCCAAAGACACACACGUGAUGGACUACCGCUCGCUCGUCCACGAGAAGGACGAGGCCGUUUUUUCUGAGAUCAGAGUGAUCGUCCUCGACAUCCGUGGAUUCUACGCUGAACUUUAUGACAUCAUCUGCAAAAACCUGGAAAAGGUGACCAACCCCAAAGGAGAGGAGAAGUCGUCGAUGUACUGAAGCUGCAGCUACUGAUCAGCUGGAUUCAUCUCUCAACUCUCUGCACCUGCGUCACGCUGCAGGAUUCAUCAGUCAAAACUGCCCGCGGGUUUAUCAAUGAUUCCUUUUUAAAAGUUCACUAAAAAAAAAAAAACUGAUUUUUUUUAUCAUUUCUGUUUGAUGGGAACACUUAUAUUUGCACUAAGUUUGACCUGCAUGGUAAGAAAAUAAAAACUUGUUCUGUCAAAGUG